GCGGGCGCGCUCCGUUUUCACGGCUGCGGGCAGCGUCGGCCGUCGGUUUCGUCCUCGCCCUGGUUGUGUCGAGGAUAGCGAUGGCCGUGAGGAGCCGAGUGUUUCUGGGCUCCGCGGGCGGGCGCCCGUGCCUGGUCUCGAGCUGCUCCGGCUGCAGGUUUUUCUCGUCCUCAGCCCCCGGAGGCUCCUCGCACGCCGAAGACCCCAAGAGGGAGAGCGCGCCCUCGCCUCCCAAGAGAAAGGUUUCAAGUUUUCACCCACCUUCAGAUUCUUGCUGUGAUUGGAUUGGACCUCCUGAUCAAUGUUCAAACCUUCGACCAGUAAUAUUUUAUGUUCCUAAACAUGAAUCUUCAUUGGAACGAAGACUGAGAGAACUUAGGCAGGAAACCCAGGCUUGGAAUCAAGAAUUCUGGGCAAAUCAAAAUAUAUCAUUUAGAAAGGAAAAAGAAGAAUUUGUUUGUUCUAGACUGAAAGCCAAAGGUAUACAGCCAAGAGAUGAAAAAGGUCAGAAAGCAUCACUGACUGCAGAAGAAAUGGCUGAAUUUUACAAAGAUUUCUUAAGUAAAAACUUAAAAAAAAAUGUAUACUACAAUAGGGAAUGGUACAAACGGAAUUUUGCCAUCACAUUCCUCAUGGGACAAGUAGCAUUUGAAAAAGCUUGGAAGAAAUUUGGACCGAAAUGGAUUGCAAACUAACCAGCAGCAUUGUUGGUGUGUUAACCAAAGAUGAAACUGAGAAUUGAUCUUCUGUCCUAAAUUACAUCAAAGCAUUCUGGUGUAUUUUUAUACAGAUUUAAUUUAUUUAAUUUGUUCAUUUAUAUACCAGAUGCUCCCAUCCAACAGCAAUGGUUAACAAACAGAAUCAAUAUAUAACAGUCAGAAAACUAUAAAAUAACAAACAAUAAACAAUCAUAACAGAACUGUCUAAAACCAAUAACCAAACCCCCCAAAUUGCAGCAUCAGAACAAUAAAUCAAAAGACAAUUAAAGAAUGAUUAGGCAACACAAGGAUAAGGAUGGAAUAGUGAGGUAGACUGGGGGAUCAUCGUAGAUAUGAUACCCAUUCCUCCAACUUAGGAUCAUGCCCAGUGCUUCAUCAAAAUGUUAAACAACAGUGGAGAAAAUGGCAUUGAACUUUGUAAACAUACACAUUACACUUCAUUCAUAAAGUGUAAUUUCAAAUUUCCCCUUACUGAAUCUAGUUGAAUUGUUUUCCUUCCACUGCAGUUGCUCUUACUCUAUCUCAAUAUCUGAAUAUAAAAAUGAUUAAUAUUACAUACAAGAAUGCUGCAUAUUUCAGGGACUUGAUGCUCAUAGAGCAUCUUAAUACUUAGUCAUCUUGAUUCUUUUGUUAUGAAAGACUGGAAAUUUGUUAAUACUGUAUCAACUAUCAAUAAUCAAAAUAAGGGAUGUAAUAUUUUUCCAUGGAACUCAUCAUGCGUAUGGAUACCAGCAAUAUAAUGCGUGAACACGAUACUGUAAUUGCUUAAUUUAUGUCAUGAUUAACUGUGCAACGUUUGUAACCUAGGAAUGGUCCUUCUAGUAAAGACUUUUGUUGCUGUGUA